AUGGCGGCACCUCAAGUAAACACAUUUACAGCUCCACUUCUACUAACGGAAAAUGAUAUUCCUGGAGCUAGUCUUGAGGGAAGGAAACCAGCAGAGUUGAAAAAAGCUGAUCUAUUGUUUUGGCUACGAUGUAGGGGUGAUUCGUGUAAAGGCCUGAACGUAAAAGCAAAGCUCGUAAAGCGGUAUGUUUCUAUCGAAUAAUUCUCCAACGUACCCCUAUUGUAAACAUUGAAUGUUCUGUUAUUUCCCGCUCGAAUGCAGAUUCUAAGAACCAAAAUUUCAUUUGCUCUGGAAAAACAUAUCAUCAUAUAUUAACAUUAGCGAAUUAAACUGAAAUUAUUUGAAUGCUGUGUUUUGUUGUAUCUUUAUCUUAUAGAGUUGAGGAGUAUAUUGCAAGUGGCAGAGACCAACUUAUAGUUGACCCUGAUCCAAAUAAGAUUUAUACGAAACGAAAAGCCAGGGAAUGCUCUAUUUCGCUUCCUGAUUCUUCAUCCCAGAAUAAGGCUAGUGCCGGAGUAAAAUACCCAUCUACUGGUUGGGGGAAAGCUCUAGAGAAGUUGCCAUUGUUUACAAAAGCUGAAAUGAAAAAGCAUAUAGAAAAUUCAGGUAAAAAGUGUGGAACACCAUUCUGUUCCCACAAGUUUGAAACGUGCCAAGACCUUUCUUCAAGAUGA